AUGGUUGCUGCGCGUACAACAGCUGAGGCCUUACCGCUGCAGGCUGUGGAAAUGAGCGACCUUUAUCGCUAUUUGCGUCAAGGACGGUCGAUUCUCGGCCUGACAUGCCAGCAGACAGAACUGCUCUGUUAUCUGAUCGCAUUUACCCAACCUGCCGACUGGUCAGGUGAGGACGAUGUUCUGCCCGUCUCGACGGCUUCCAAUCUGGAUAUACAGCAACGCUUUGACCUCGGCCGCACCCGCGUCAAAACUCUGUUGCGCGAACUUGCCGAAGCUGGGUGGCUUCUCUACCGGGAUAGUCCCAACGGACAGCGAUACAGGCGAUCAGGGCCAUUUGCUCCAAGGGGACAGCAGGCUUACGGUUUUGAUCUUUCUCCGCUCGCUCGCCGAUUUGAGGAUUUGGAACGCGCGGCACAAACGGCACUGUGGCGGCAACAGGAAGGUCGCCGUCUGCAUCGCGAAGUCACGAUGAUUGCCAGGACUAUCUAUGCCCUUUUCCAGACGGCUGAUGAGGCAGGGCUCACGCACGGACAGAUGCAGGAGAAGUCCGUUCACCGGGAGGACUGCUCCGUGCGAUGA